UCCGAGUCAAGCCUGCGCGAUCAGCAGGGAUUUUAGAUCAGAGUGCUCUAUAAUACAAGUUACGAUAGAUGAAAAGCAAGAUACCAUUAGCAAGAAGACUCUCCCUUCACCAGUCGACACCGAUCUUGGGGCACAGCCCACUCGAGCUGAGCGUGCAUUGCCCACAUUUGGGAGCUCUGGAGCUGCAUAUAGUCUGGCACAGAACUCAGCCCUCUAUUCGGGAAAGCAGCCGCGGUUGUGGCACACCUGUCCGAAUCCGACCAGGAGUGCUGCUCGAGGCGGAACGAAUUGUGCAUACCGGGCAUCCUCAGCUUUGUCGUGGUGGUGCCAGCCCAAGCGCUGCGUAAUCCGGUGGACGUGGACAUCCACACCAAUCCCGACGUUUCUGUCUCCUAUGGUAAGAAAUUGAUCGGGUCCAGGCACUCUGGCAGGCGCACAUCUGCCAAGCGGCUUGAAGCGUCAGAAAGCCGACCUUGGGUCCGACUCCGGGAAGCGUCAUGAGUUCCUCGAUUGUCUGAGGUACGUCGCCGUUGAAAUUGUCACGUAUGAGCUCCGCUGCAGCUUUGAUCUGACUGUGUAUGCACAACAUGUCGGUACCGACUCAACAAAAGAAGAACCAUACGCACACCGACUUCUUGGGCCACAUUCC